CUUUGGUCUUUCCAUAUAAAGAAUUAAAAUUGCAUCACAUAUAACUCUUCUACGAAUCUAAAAACAGCUUUGUCAAGUUCUUCAUCUUCUACUUCCUUUUCUCCUUACUAUUCACUCCUAUAAUCUUCAAGUGAAAGAAACCCUAAUAAAUAUUUUUAGGAAAUUAAUAUUAAGAUGGGAAGAGGAAAGAUUGCAAUUAGAAGGAUUGACAAUUCAACAAGUAGGCAAGUGACUUUCUCAAAAAGAAGAAAUGGAUUGUUGAAGAAAGCAAAAGAGUUAUCAAUUCUUUGUGAUGCUGAAGUUGGAUUGAUUGUCUUUUCCAGCACUGGAAAGCUUUAUGAUUAUUCAAGCACUAGCAUGAAAUCUGUUAUUGAUCGCUAUAACAAACAGAAAGAGGAACAACACCAGCUAAUGAAUCCUGCUUCAGAAGUCAAGUUUUGGCAGACAGAAGCAGCAAGCCUGAGACAACAACUGCAGUACUUGCAAGAAAGCCAUAGGCAAUUGAUGGGUGAAGGACUUGCUGGUUUGGGUAUUAAAGAACUGCAAAAUCUGGAAAACCAGCUGGAGAUUAGUCUAAAGGGUGUUCGAAUGAAAAAGGAUCAUAUUUUGACUAAUGAGAUCAAAGAACUACACCAAAAGGGAUCUCUUGUUCAUCAAGAAAAUGUAGAACUCCAUAAGAAGAUGGACCUUGUCCAAAAAGAAAAUGCAGAGCUACUGAAGAAGGUUUAUGAAGCAAGGAGUACAAAUGAAGAAAAUGCAACAAGCAAUCUUUCAUGCACUAUCAGAAACGGAUUUGAUUUACAUGCACCUAUCAGUCUCCAGCUAAGCCAGCCACAGCCUCAAUACAGUGAACCAGCAGCCAAAGCCAUGAAAUUAGGGUAUUCCCUUAAACUGAUGAUGUACAACAUAUAGCUUCAGUGUACACCUUUUCUUUCUAAUUUCUUCAAAAACUAAACACCUAAAUUCUGAACCAGAUUACAGCUGCAUUAGCAAGAACUGUUCGAUAAUCACCUAUGCUUUCAAUUCUGAAAAGUUGUCACGAACCAGUUCAAACAUAUAAUCAUGCUGAUAUGUGUGGGAUCUUGUAGUUCAACAACCACAUUGUUCAAUUCAACAGAAUAGAGUAUGAUAUUUCCUAUCAAGAAGCUUACAAUUGCUAUUAAGGAUCAGACAUAAUGAUUGCCUCUGUAAAUUUUAUGAAAUAAAGAUAUCAAUGAUUGUGCCUUGUGUUGUUUUA